GCACCCAAAGGGGGCGGACCGUAGCUCGGCACCCUUUGGAGUUAUCGCCCUUUCCUGCCAUGAGAUUACCGUAGGACCAUUUCCUAUUACCUUUGUUUCCUUUAAACGAUCAGAACCCUAAUCUCGAGAUCUCCGGAGCUUAGUUUUUCUCCGGACUGCUCUUAGUCGAUAGGUAGUAGAGAAGCUGGAUCGUGGAAUUCGAGGGAUGCAGGAUUCAGGGUUCAGCUCAUAUUUAGCAUAAAAGAGUUAACAGAUCCUGGUGAAAAUUGGGAUUUUGGAUAUGAAUUCGCUGUCCCUUUCACCUGCUGUUAAUGGUGGAGAGAGCUGCAGUUUUGUGUCUGGAUCAUACAUUAAUCUACGGAAGACAUCCCUAGCUGCUAUUCUGCAGAGGAGUCCAUUUAAUGGAAUUGGUGGAGCUUGGUUGAGGCAUUUAGGAUUAUCAACAGCUACAAAUGGGCGCAGGUUUUCUGUUUGUUCAAGGGUCAGAAAGGUACAGAAGCAUGAGUAUCCCUGGCCAGAUGAUAUUGACCCAAAUCUGAAAAGCGGACACUUGAGUUAUUUGUCUCACUUCAAGCCUCUAACAGAGAAACCAAAGCCAGUUACCCUUCCUUUCGAGAAGCCAUUAAUUGAUUUGGAAAAGAAGAUAAUCGAUGUGCGUAAGAUGGCGGAAGAAACUGGUUUGGACUUCAGUGAUCAAAUUAACUUAUUGGAAAGCAAGUAUCAGCAGGCCCUGAAAGAUCUAUACACACAUUUAACUCCAAUCCAACGCUUAAGCAUUGCUCGCCAUCCCAACAGGCCAACAUUUCUCGAUCAUGUUUUAAACAUUACCGAAAAGUGGGUUGAGCUCCAUGGAGACCGUGCUGGUUAUGAUGAUCCUGCCAUUGUCACAGGAAUUGGAAGCAUAGACGGCAAGCGCUAUAUGUUUAUUGGUCAUCAGAAAGGCAGGAACACAAAGGAAAAUAUUCAGCGCAAUUUUGGAAUGCCAACUCCACAUGGCUAUCGAAAGGCUUUGCGCAUGAUGAAGUAUGCUGAUCAUCAUGGAUUUCCCAUCAUCACAUUUAUUGACACACCUGGGGCAUAUGCUGAUCUUAAAUCUGAAGAACUUGGUCAGGGAGAAGCAAUAGCUCAUAAUUUGAGGACCAUGUUUGGCCUAAAGGUUCCAAUUGUCACUGUUGUUAUUGGAGAAGGUGGCUCUGGUGGUGCUCUUGCUAUUGGCUGUGCAAAUAAAAUAUUUAUGUUGGAGAACUCUGUCUUUUAUGUUGCCAGCCCGGAAGCAUGUGCUGCAAUACUGUGGAAGACCUCAUCAGCAGCUCCUACGGCAGCCGAACAACUAAGGAUCACAGCCAAUGAACUGUGUAGACUCAAAAUUGCUGAUGGAAUCAUUCCGGAACCUCUAGGUGGUGCGCACACUGAUCCAUCUUGGACGUCCCAACAGAUAAAGCUUAUGGUCACAAAGGCCAUGGAGGAGCUUGGAGGUAUGGAUAUAGAUGGGUUGCUAAGCCACCGGCAUCUGAAAUUCCGGGCACUUGGGGGUUUUGUGGAAGGUGAGCCGGUGGAUCCAGAGAAGAAAUUGAACAUGAAGAAGAAGGAAGCUGGCCUUGCUCAAGUCACAGCUGAUAUAGAGACGGAAAUUGAAAAUCUCAAGAAGACAGCAAGAGAAGCCAAGGGCAAGUCUCCAACUCGCAUCAUCUCUGAUGAGGCUCUAGAGAAACUGAUGGAAGAAGUAGACAAGGAAAUGACGAAUGCUUUUAUUGCAAUGGGCCUACAAGAGAAGCUGGAAGCUUUGAAGAUGGAGCUAUCUGAGUCUCCUGACACACCUGAUGAGAACCUUAGUCCAACAUUGAAGGAAAAGGUAGACAGGCUGAUGCAAGAAUUUAAGCAUAAUUUAUCCCACCCUGGAUCCUAUAUGGCAUUGAAGCAGAAGCUUGAGAUGUUAUCAGAGGCUAGAAGAAUGGAGCAGAAGAGGGUGAAGGGAGAGAAGCUGAAGAAAGAGAUCAAUGAGAAACUCCAAGAGGAGGCAAAGGGACAGAUGCAGGUUCUUAGAAAGGCAUGGGAGAAGGUGGCGAAGGGAGAGAAAUUGGACGAAAAUCAGAUCGAGGAGGUAGAAAUGGCCAAGGAAGAUCUGAAGGAGAUGCUAAAGUCAGUGAACCUGGAGGUGGUGGGGCCAGGGAAGAAGAUUGUGCCGACGGCCCCACCAGGCCUAGAGGAGAUAUUAACAAAGGCAGAUGAUGUGAUAAAGAAAGAAAUAGAGGCGGCAAUUGGUAAAGCAGGGUUAAGGGGGAAGGUAGAUGAAUUAAAGGCGGAGAUAGCGAGUGGUGCAAGUAAAGAUAAGGUGGAGAAUUUGCUGAAGGAGAUAAGAGAAGGAAUUGCUGCUGUAAUGGAUACAACGGAUCUAAAGAAGAAGGUUGAAGGUACUGUGGGAUCACCAGUACAAGAAACAGUCGGUGCUAGUAGCUAAGGAUGUGGUGUUAAAUUCAUGCUAGACUUAAUGCUGUUUAUGGAUAUCCGUAGAAGUCAUUCCCAUAGUACUUCGAGGAUUUUUUCCCCUCCAUCUUUUGUCCUUGAUUUUUCUCUAUAAUGGUGAACUUAUUUGAGAUUGAUUUAUGAAUUAUGUACUGAAAUGCUGGAAAAUGUACUGAAAUGUUUGAUGCAGAGGAACAAAUAAGUUUGAUAAAUAAAAAGUUUGAUCUAUGCUAGUGGAUUUAGU